GUAGAGUUUCCGUGACACACAGCCGUGUGGCUUCAUCGGAAUCGUCUACGAUGGACGGCCGAGUGCAUCUGGAUAAUCCUCAUCUCAACAAGGAAGGUCAGAACGACAUCCUCUACCAUAUUGGUCUGUCGAAGUCGCACGGCCUCAAAAAACUCUUCUCGGAUUUACGCUUCGUCUGCAUGGGUGGCACCCCUGCUCGCAUGGAAGCCUUUGCGAGAUACAUCAAAACUGAAUUGGGUAUCGAGUUGCCCACUGGGGCGGAUAUUUACGACAUCGCUGGUCUGGGACAGCGCUACGCCAUGUUCAAGGUGGGCCCUGUCCUGUCGGUGAGUCAUGGCAUGGGAGCUCCCUCGGCAUCGAUUCUGCUGCACGAAGUUCUAAAACUUCUGAUGUAUGCGGAAUGCGAAAAUGUGAUCGUGAUACGGAUCGGAACCAGCGGAGGAAUCGGAGUCGAGCCCGGCUCGGUCGUAGUCAGCAGUGGGAUCCUGACGGACUUACUCGAGGAAACUCAUGAGUUCCACGUUCUCGGCAAAGUCGUCAAACGGCCAAUGACUCUGGAUCGAAACCUCGCCGAGAGUAUCCGCGCAGCCGGUCAUGAUGCGCAUCCUUCAUUCAAUACAGUUCUUGGUAAAACCAUGUGCGCCAACGACUUCUACGAGGCGCAAGCUCGUGUUGAUGGUGCUAUCUGCGAGUACACAUUGGACGACAAGAUGGAUUUUGUGAAGAAAUUGCGAGAUAUGGGUGUAGUUAACAUCGAAAUGGAAUCAUCUGUGUUCGCGGCUCUCUGCGCUCAUACGAAAGUGAAAUUCGCCAUGGUGUGUGUGACGUUGGUCGACCGACUAGAAGGAGACCAAAUUCUGGCUCCCAAGGCCCUUUUGGAGGAGUUCCAGGAUCGUCCUCAGAAGAUAGUGUCCGCCUUCAUCAAGCGACAGCUCGGAUUGAUUUGAGGGUUCCGUGAACUAAAGCAGCUUCUUGUCUAUUCGAUCCUCGCCCGCAG